AUGGUGGGUGCGGACAGUGGCGGGUGCAACAGUCACCUUCCUUACGGCUAUGCCCAGGCUCGUGCCAGAGAACGGGAGCGAGAGAGAGAGCGACAGUCGCGGGCGGCUGCCGAAACCGGGGGAGCGAGCGAAGAAGGAGGGGGCCACUCGUGCAACCAGCAGCAGCAGCAGCAGCAGCAGCAUCAGUCUCGGGCCGCCUCCUCGUCGAACGCCAACAACAGUAGCGGCGGGAACGCCUCCUCCACCACCACCUCCUCCUCCUCCUCCUUCUCCUCCGCCUCCCCGUACUCACAACAGCCUCAACAGCAGCAGCAACACCACAACGAGCCACAACAGCAACUUCUCAGAGAACGGAAAAAGAAGCGGGGCGUCGCGCGGUGGAGGCGAAACCGUGCGGCUCUCGGCGGAGACUUGCGCCACUCGGAGUUGGCGCUGCUCGGAUCGGAGGAGGACAUUAUGAUAGAGGAGGAGGAGGAGGCGGAAGGCGAAGAGGAAGAGGAGGACAGGGGAAGCAAGAGACAUAGCUUCAUUUAUAACAUGGAUGAUGACGAGACUAUCUCUCUCACUGACAGGCGGCCCCAGUCAGGAUAUGAAAAUGUUUACAGUGAGUACGGCUGCUGCGAGAGAGUUGUGAUCAACAUAUCGGGUCUGAAGUUUGAGACCCAGAUGAAGACUCUCGCUCAGUUCCCGGACACUCUCCUGGGGGAUCCUGAAAAGAGAAUCAGGUAUUUCGAUCCUCUUCGGAACGAAUACUUUUUUGACAGGAACCGACCAAGCUUCGAUGCCAUUCUGUACUACUACCAAUCAGGGGGGCGAUUAAAGAGACCCGUUAAUGUUCCAUUUGACAUAUUUUCCGAGGAAGUUAAGUUCUAUGAACUAGGAGAUGAGGCAAUGCUGAAGUUUCGCGAAGACGAGGGCUUUGUGAAGGAGGAAGAGAAACCGCUACCAGAGGACGAGUUCAAACGUCAAAUUUGGCUCUUGUUUGAGUACCCGGAGAGCUCGAGCCCAGCCAGAGGCAUUGCUGUUGUGUCCGUUUUGGUAAUCGUCAUAUCAAUUGUUAUUUUCUGCUUAGAAACAUUGCCAGAGUUCAGGGACGACAAGGAAUUUCUUACUCCAGGUACUAAUUCGUCACAUGCUGACAAUGGAUUUACACCUUUCAACGACCCGUUUUUCAUUGUGGAGACGGUAUGCAUAAUUUGGUUUUCCUUUGAAAUAAUAGUGCGUUUCUUUGCCUGUCCGAGUAAACCGGUGUUCUUCCAAAACAUUAUGAACUCAAUUGAUAUAGUUUCCAUUUUGCCUUAUUUCAUUACGCUCGGGACUGAUCUGGCUCAGCAACACAGCAAAGGCAAUGGACAACAGGCCAUGAGUUUCGCCAUCCUCCGAAUUAUUCGACUGGUGAGAGUGUUUCGCAUAUUCAAACUCUCACGACACUCGAAGGGACUACAAAUCCUCGGACAUACGCUUCGCGCGAGCAUGCGAGAGCUGGCUUUGCUCAUAUUCUUCCUCGUCAUCGGCGUCAUCCUCUUCUCCAGCGCGGUGUACUUCGCUGAGGCGGACGAGCCCACGUCUCAGUUCACCAGCAUCCCCGACGCUUUUUGGUGGGCGGUUGUUACCAUGACAACGGUGGGCUACGGAGACAUGAAACCCAUAACAGUCGGCGGCAAGAUAGUGGGCUCGCUCUGUGCCAUUGCGGGAGUCUUAACCAUAGCCUUGCCCGUGCCCGUUAUCGUGUCUAAUUUCAACUACUUCUACCACCGAGAGACCGAUAACGAGGACCAGACACCUGUCGUGUCGGAGCCUCCGCCGGGCUGCCCGUAUUUCCCGGACUUCUUCAAGAAAUUCAAAGGGUCACCGUCUGGCUCCUCGUUAGGUGACAAGGCGGCCGAGUACAUGGAGAUGGAGGAGGGGGUGACGGAAUCUCUGUGCGGCUUGGACAAGAGCCCCAGUAAAGGCAACGGCACAGACAUAAGUCGAAAAAACAGCACGACCUCCAGAACACUACAGACAGACGUGUGACCAUAACAUGCAAAAAUGACGAAUAACCUUUUCUCUUAUAGAUGUCAUGGAGAGGAUUGCACAAAAUAUAUUUCUUUCCAAAAACAGCGGCACACAACAUGCAUUCGCGCGCGCUGGCCACC